GAAUGCGUCUUAAACACGUAGGUCGCAUAGCAUGAUGUUGUAUAUACUGAAAUAUUUUGAAUUAGUUCCUUUUCGCUCCGGAAACGUUCCAGGUUCAAUCCGGAAUGUUCCCAGAACUACCCACCUCUAACUAAAAUUGUGUAGGUAUAACUAGUCCGUUAGGACAAAAAUUUCUACAACCGAUGAGUUCCAUAUACUAACUUAUCGAUUCAACUGUAGCGGCAAAUUCAAAUACCAUUUAAGCCAUGUGAUAAGGUGCCCGUUCAAAUUGGUCGAUAGAAGUAGUUUUUAUCAUCAGAGCCAAUUGUAUAAUUCUGAUAUAAAAUAACCUCUAUUAUAAUGUAUUUCUUAUAUAUGGUUAUGAAAUUAAAUGAUUAAAUUAUCCCUCACUAAUAAAAUAAGAUUUUCUGGUGAAGAAGCAAUGACGGUACCCGGUAAUUUGUGAAUAAAGAAAAGCAAUCAGUGAUACUGAUAGCAGGAAAAAAAAAGAAAUGUUUGAUAUAAAAUCACCAACUCGUUUUAUUAAUGAACAAAUCAAUGAAAUUGGGCAAUGGUGGUCAUGGUACAUAAGAGAAAUAACUUGUCAACUAAUUAUAACACCGAUUGCAUAUUUAUUGGUUUGCAUUGUACUUUAUUUUAUAUUAAAACGAGUUAAUCAUCAAGCAUGGCAAUUACCAGGACCACCGUCAAAAAUAUUACUUGUCACUGCACAUCCUGAUGAUGAAAUAAUGUUUUUUGGACCCAUGAUUUACUGGCUAAGUAGAUUUAAAACUACUAGCAUUUAUUUAUUAUGCUUUACUAAUGGUGGACAUAAAAGACGAAAAGAAGAAUUAUGGGCUGCUGCUAAAAUAAUGGGCAUACCAGAAGCCAAUAUUACUAUAAUAAUAAAUUCAGAGUUACCUGAUGAUCCUAAAGUACAAUGGCCCGGCAAUAUUGUCUCCGAAAAUAUAUUACAUUAUAUCGAAACAUAUAAAAUGAAUGCUGUAGUUACCUUUGAUAAGCGUGGUGUGAGUGGCCAUAAAAAUCAUAUAUCAUUAUAUUAUGCCAUUGCUUCUUUAUGCAUAGAAAAUAAAAUACCUUCAUAUUGUAAACUUUAUAUUCUUGAAUCUGUAAAUAUUAUAAGAAAAUAUGUACAGUUAUUAGAUUUACCAAUCAGUUUAUUGACGUCUUCCUAUUGGUAUUUAGUCACUUAUGAGCAGCGUCAAGUUAUACAUUCUGCAAUGAAGGCUCAUAAAUCUCAGUAUGUGUGGUUUCGUAAAUUAUAUAUGAUGUUUUCACGUUAUACAUUUAUAAAUACUCUUCAUGAAAUGAAUGCGUUAGAUUUGGAAUUUGAUCUUCAAUACGAUGACGACUGAUUAUUAAAUUUAUACUUAAAAAAAAAACGCUUUGUAUUUAUAAUUCAUGUAAAUUAUACAUAAUAAUUAAAACUUGUACAUAAAAUUUAAAAAAUCACUGAAAAUAAAAAUUAUAAUCAUGAUGACAAAUAAAAAUAAACAACUUUUAAUAUUCA